ACUUCAACAACCAAAAAUAAAACACCGUGUCAACAAAAUAAAACCAGAAUUCCUACUACAACAAGAAAAAUAUCAACGUAUUUAAUUUAUCUUAUAAUAUACUAUACUAAUUGGUUACAGAGUGUGUGCAUAAAAAAUGAGUGGCUCAGAUAAUAAAAAGAAAAUAAUACCCGUAGCUCCAGUGCUACCAGCUGUUGUCCCUGGCAAUUUAUUAUCAAGCAUAGCUCCGCCAUCGGAACUUCCAAACUUUGUUACAGCUCCGGUUUUACAGAAGCCCAAUGUCAUUGUACCAGUAUCACAACCAGUGCAACCAACUUCAGUUGUUGAUAAUGCUGCAGUGGAGUCUACAGAACAGGAAACUUUCAGUCCUGCAAUACCACCCAACAAGGGUGAGCCCACACUUCCAAUCAGAUCUCCUGAGGAUUCUCAAGCCACACAGUCCCCAGAGUCACUGCCACCUUCCACACCGGAAAUUGAUAGAAUUGGUGAUGUGAUGCCCGGCAGCGGUCUGCUGACGUGGAUGAAGGGCGCGGUGUCGUCGGGCGGCAUCCUGCAGCGCGUCGCCGAGAAGGCGAAGAGCUCCGUUGACACUAUGAUCACUACACUCGACCCACAGAUGAAGGAGUACUUAAAAAGCGGUGGAGACUUGUAUGUAGUGGUAGCGUCAGAUAAAGAAGUAAAUGUGUCGCCAAUCAGAGAAGCAUUCCAGAAUGUUUUCGGCAAAGCAACUGUUGUUGGUGAGGCGUCGCAGUGCGAUGUGACGGCGGCGCAGGCGGUGGGCAGCGCGGCGGCGUACGCGGCCGCCAAGCAGCGCCUGGCGCACGUGCGCGCCACCGCCCCGCACGUCAACAACAACGUGCCCGUCGUCGCCGUGCAGGCCUACCUGCAGGAAACCGCCGGGGACAGGUCAUGUAUAUACCAAUUUACAUUUUGUUGUUAUACUUAUAUUUUGGACAAGGAAAACGCAUAGCCAAGAAUGGAAAGA